UCCAAAUUUCUGUUUAGCGAACCUGCUUCAAAGAGGCAAGAGGCACGGCGCUUCAGAGCCAUGUUCAGGGCGGCUAUAGAGGAAUCAAACCCUAACAUAGAGUUAUAGUGGAGGGUGAACUACGAUGAUGGAUUUUGACGAACGGGUCCCCGUCGGAUCGAACAUGUAUUUGCCCAGUUGCACUUAUUAUGUGUCGGCGGGGGCAGAUUUCUCCGGUCUUCCCUCAUUUUUGUCCCAGACCCCGUCCACCCGCCCCAUGACAUACUCCUACUCCUCUAACCUGCCGCAGGUCCAACCCGUCAGGGAGGUGACAUUCAGGGACUAUGCAGCUAUUGACCCGUCCGGUAAAUGGUCGCACCGGGGGAACUUGCCCCAGUGCUACCCCAGCGCAGAGGACAUGGUGCACCGGGACUGUCUGUCGGCGCAAAGCGCCGUCGUAGGGGACAUGUUCGGUAAAAACAGCCCCGCAGCCGCCGCAGCUGCCGCCGCGUACCACCACCACCACCACCACACAAGCGCCGGGUCCGCCGCCUCCAAUUUCUACGGGAACGUGGGCAGGAAUGGCGUGCUGCCACAAGCCUUCGAUCAGUUUUACGAGACGGCGUACGGGAACGCGUCGGAAAGCUCCUCCACGAACGGCUACUCAGGGGACAAAACGGCGACCAAGCAGCCCAGCUCCGCGCCGGAAGACGCGCCUUCGUGUCGGGACGCCGAAGCGAAGGAGCCCCGGGAGGAGACGAGCAGCCCGGAGUUAUCUUCCGGCAACAAUGAGGAGAAAUCCAGCAGCACCAAUGGACAGAGGACCCGCAAGAAAAGGUGCCCUUACUCCAAAUAUCAAAUCAGAGAACUUGAACGAGAAUUCUUUUUCAGUGUGUACAUAAACAAAGAGAAGCGCCUGCAACUGUCUCGGAUGCUCAACCUAACCGACCGACAAGUGAAAAUUUGGUUUCAGAAUCGCCGCAUGAAGGAGAAGAAACUGAACAGAGAUAGAUUACAGUAUUACACAUCCAACCCUCUGCUUUAGGGGUCAAACACAGCAUCCCGUCCCCCAGGCUCGAACAGUCCUCUGCUGUGGGGACUCACUGCGUUUACAGACUGCCUCUCCGGGGCUGUGACUCUCUCCCUGUGUACAUUGUGUACCACAAUGGCCGCUCCAGCAGCAGCAGCAGCAGCACUGCUCAAUGGUUAAUUUCAAGUUCGAGGACAACAGUAUCCUGUGAUCUGACUAACCUAAAGAGUGAGCAUGAAUUAAGACAUUUUGUGGACUUAAUAGCGACUCUGAUUUUGGGGGAAAUAUAGAAACGGAUUAUUGUCCUCGCCAAGACUGUGCGUGCGAAGGCCCGAUGUUAUCGUUAUUGUGACUCCCACACGCCUUCUUUUAAUUCCCUUUCACGCGGACAAAAACUCCCAGCAGUCUAAUUGACUGAUCCAGUGUAUUUUGUAAUCAAAAGAUUUAUUUAACCCUUUUAUUCUUCCAGUUUUAAAAAUCAGAAAACUGCUGGGGUUUUCUAGGAUGAUGGCGAACAUGUGACUUUAAUAACUGAAUCUAUAUUGGUGUGACCAAAUAAUGAGUCUGAACGAAUGAGAAUGUAAUGUGUUUCUGUUUUGUCUGCUUAUUUAUUUUGUAGCCACUCGUUUACUAUCUCGUUUCAAUGCCACGGCUUGAAGUCCAUUAUUACAGGCAGGCUGUGGGGAUUCGUGUUGAGUCUGGGCUGACCUCAAAACAAGCUUUUGUCGUCUUUUCUUUGAACCUGUAGAGAGAAGGCUGAAUAUUUAUAUUUUUGAGAAUAUUUCAAUACCCAAAUCCAUAUUUGUCCCUUUUUUGAUUAUUUGUUUUGGAGACUAUCAGGCGAGUAUUGAUAAUGCAGGCCAAACCAGAGAGAUAAGCUUGUCCACUGGAUCCGUGUGGAGUUGCACUGAGGUACACGCCCAACAUAUUCACACAGGUAUACAGCCUAUGCAGCGGGCCUCUUCGGUCUGAUCCUGAUGCGCAUAACAGAAUAUUUUUUUCACGACUCCUGAUCCUUUGGUACUUGCAGUCUGAUCAAGGUUUAAAGAAAAACAAAUCUGCAUUUUUAAGUGUGCUGUCAGGGCAAAGCUUGUCAGGGUCAUCGCAUUGAAUCAACUGCUUGGUAUGCCCAAAAACUAUUGUGUAUUAUACUCUAUUUCCAAAUAAAAACAACAAAUGAAAUGAUUAUUAAAAAAUAA